GCCACCCACAAAAUUUCUGCACAAAUUUAUAGAACUAUUCUGAAAAAGUAAUCAAUUCAUAUCCUGAAAUACCAUAGUUUGACCAGUAUAUGUUUUAUAAAUUGUGUCAUAGACUCAUAGUGAAGUAUACUGAGGAUGACAGCUCGAGAAUUUCCAAAUCCUUUUCAGGAUUACAAUCAAGAACAAUUACUUGGCGAAAACCAAAAGUUAAAUGAUGCGCUAUCUAACGAGAUAAAACAAGUAAUAGACCGGUUGUUAAAACAGUUAUAUGCUGGCAUUGAGAGGGAAGAUGAAGGUCGUGACCAUUCUGUGUAUUUAGGGUCCCCAGGGAUUGCUCUCCUGAAUUUGCAUUUACAUAAUGUGUUAUCCAAGGAAAGUGGCGACAAGUUCCUGCAAACUUCUCUACAGUUCUUACGUCAACCAUUACAACACCUUAAAGGGAAACGUAUGAGUUUCCUGUGUGGAGAUCCAGGACCUUUAGCAAUAGGAGCUGUAGUGUAUCAUAAACUAAACCAAAAACAACAAAGUACAGAAUGUAUUCAAAGAUUAGCAGAUUUACAUAAGUACGUAUGUAAAGAUAAAGAUCUACCUAAUGAGUUGUUGUAUGGACGAGUGGGUUAUAUCUACUCACUAUUGUUUGUGCAGAAAUAUAUAGGUACUGAUUGUAUUGAUGGCAGUAUUAUAUCUAAGGUUGUAAAAGUUAUAAUAGAUCAAGGUAAAGAAUUAUCACAGAAAGAUCGUUCGCCAUCACCUCUAAUGUUUACUUGGCAUGGUAAACAUUAUCUUGGUGCAGCACAUGGUAUAGCAGGAAUCUUCUAUAUUUUACUGAGGUUAGACAGAUGUUAUAUUGAACCUUAUCUUAAAGAUCUACAAGCAUCAAUAGACUACAUGUUAACUCUUCAGUUCCCGUCUGGUAACUGUCCUUCAUCUUUAGAUAGUAGUUCUGGUGAUAAAUUAAUACACUGGUGUCACGGUGCACCUGGCUGGAUUUAUACAUUUAUAGUGGCUUAUCAGGUGUUUAAAGAAGAGAAGUAUAUGAGAGCAGCCAUAGCAUGUAGUGAUGUUAUAUGGUCUAGAGGUAUAUUAAGGAAGGGAUAUGGUGUAUGUCAUGGUACGGCUGGUAAUGGAUACGCUUUUCUUGCUUUAUACAAACUUACUAGACAACAGAAAUAUCUAUACAGAGCUUACAAGUUUGGUGAAUGGUGUUUUAAUUAUGGUAAACACGGCUGUAAUAUACCAGACAGACCAUUCUCUUUAUUUGAAGGCAUGGCUGGCACCCUUUACUUCUUAGCAGAUCUACUGGAUCCGUUAAAGGCCGAGUUUCCCGCUUUUGAAAUCUAGAUAUGUAUACCCGCAUAUUUUAGUGACAAUAUUCCUAGUUUACUAUUC